AUAGAUACUGUAUACCAAGACUAUAGAUACUGUAUACCAAGACUAUAUAUACUGUAUACCAAGACUAUAGAUACUGUAUACCAAGACUAUAGAUACUGUAUACCAAGUCUAUAUAUACUGUAUACCAAGACUAUAGAUACUGUAUACCAAGACUAUAGAUACUGUAUACCAAGACUAUAG